AUGAUGAAGUGGAUAGUUGUAAUAUUAGUGCAUUCCCUUUUAACUCCUAAUUUAAUUAAUGUACGAGGUAACACGGGGAUGGUACAUCGGCGCUUUGAAUAUAAAUAUUCAUUCAAACCACCAUACUUAGCGCAGAAAGACAACACAAUUCCGUUCUGGGAAUACGGUGGAAAUGUCCAUUAA